AUGAUUGCUGCGGUCGCUGUGCGGCGCGUCUCUUCCUGAGCAGAAGGCAAGGCAGCAGCAGCAGCAGCAGCAGCCGGGGCUUCAUGUAAACACACCGCGCAGGGCUUUGUUUCACACACUCCGCUGGUAUUCCCCAUCUAGUCAUGCCAUGGAUAUUUUGUGGCAAUACCAGUUCCGAAUCAUUUUACUCGGGGAUUCGACUGUGGGGAAGUCGUCGUUGCUGAAACGCUUCACGGACGGAAUUUACAGUGAUGUUGCGGAUCCCACGGUCGGGGUAGAUUUUUAUGCCCGCUCGCUCGAUAUCGAGCCCGGGGUGAAAAUAAAGCUUCAGCUCUGGGACACGGCCGGCCAGGAACGAUUCAGGUCCAUCACAACAUCAUACUACCGUAACUCUGUGGGCGGGCUUCUGGUCUUUGAUCUCACCAAUCGCAAGACCUUUGACCAUGUGAGGGAGUGGCACAAGGAGGUGAGUGAGCACAUCCUGCCCCACCACAUGGUCUACAUCCUUAUUGGCCACAAGAGCGACCUCAACAAGGACCGCAAGGUGAGCCGGGAUGAGGCGGAGCAGCUGGCGGCCGAGAUGGGCAUCCGAUACGUGGAAACGUCGGCCAAGUGCAACAGCAAUGUGGACCGGGCCUUCGAGCUGCUGACCAGAGACAUCUACGAGCUGAUGAAGAUGGGGGAGAUUGUCACCCGCGACGGCUGGGACGGCGUGAAGAGUGGCCUCACUGCCAAGGUGCUCUACCCAGCCGACGACGAAGAGGAACUACCUACAGCGAUCGCUGAAAAGGGCUGCCACUGCUGACUGUAAAUUCUUUGUCUCCAAACACUGCCCCCCCGUCACACGAGAGCUCCGCUCGUCUCACAGCUGUCCAUCGAAACCAAGUCACUCAGGCUCAGCACCCUGCGAUAUCACCAUCCCAUCACGUCCUUACCUUGUGCUCCGUGCCCUCUCUCUGUGUGGGAUCUUCUGACAACCGGGGUUCUUUUUUAACGGGGGGUAUUGUACAUCCUGAUGCGUAUCUUAUAGGCAACGUUGUAUCUCUAAAUCCAUGUGGUGUAUAGAAUGAGCUGAGCUGUUUUUGGCCUUGGCCUCGGUUUGUAAAAACACAGAAAGUGUGCAAUGGGGAUCAGGUCUUGGAGCUUAGAGCCCUCGAGUUAAUGGAUUCCACUGAAGAUACGAUACAUUUCAUACAGCACUAUUGUAGGUUUCUAUCUGUCAACGUUUGUGCAAUGCUUUGCCUGCAAUCUUUUGUGACUAUAAUAAUCUAAAUAAUAGUGAAAUCCAUAGAAAAAGGUGACGAGAGCCAAAAGGUUACUGUAAGCUAUUUAAAGGCAGGGUUGGUGAUGUUGGAAAGCUAGCAAGAUUUGAAAGUACGUCUAGUCAGGUCUCGGUCUAACCCUUCCCCUUGCCCUCGGGGCUCCGUCCAACCCCUCCCCCUGCCCUCGGGGUUCCGUCCAAACCCUCCCCCUGAACUCAUGGCUCCGUCCAACCCCUCCCCCUGCCCUCGGGGCUCAGUCCAACCCCUCCCCCUGACCUCGUAGCUCCGUCCAACCCCUCCCCCGCCCUCUGUGCUCCGUCUAGCCCCUCCCACUGCCCUCGGGGUUCUGUCCCACACACAGAUGUGCACAUGCACCGCUGCUUCAGUGCAGAGCAGAGAAAGGAACGCAAUUUUACUUAAUGCUUCAUUCACCAGUAAACAAACAGCUAAUAUUAUCAUACCAACUGAUUAAAAAAAAACAUGACUGCUGUUAGCAAUGUGGCUACGCGCAUUGAGGUCUGGCUCUUACACGGAAGGGGUAGAGUAUGAGCAGCGGGGCAAGGAGGCAUUUCAUUGGUUCUUUCCAAGCGGACAGUGAGUGAGCGUUUUUACAGGAUUACAGCAGCUACAGAUGACGCUCCUUUUCCAGGGAACAUAAGUUAUUUCUUGCUGUCAAGGUGUAAAGACCAUUUCAAACAAUAUAUAAAAAAGUUUAUUUUCGGAAAUAGUUACAAACCCUGCCUUUACCUGCUAGUGUGAAAAGACACAGUGCACUCUACAGUAAGUGUCACCAUGUUAAAUCAGUGUGUUCCUUCUGCUACUGUAAGCUGUAUGUGCACUUGCGCCAAACUGACUUAAACCUUUGAUCACUCUGUAAAUAGAUGAAUAUGUUUUUCUAAAGAAAUAUAAAAUUAUUUCUAGUUAAGGUGUAUAAAUAAAGGUUAAUGUAUUUAGG